AUGGCGGCUGGGGACGACUCGGAGAUUCCUGAGUCGGGAGCUGUCUUCACGUUCGGGAAGAGUCGAUUUGCAGACAACUUACCUAACAAAUUCUGGGUGAGAGGGGAUAAAGUGAAGUCUGUAGCAUGUGGGGACGAACAUACAGCACUGAUUGCAGAGAGUGGUCGGGUUUUCACAUUUGGGGUCAAUGACUGGGGUCAGCUGGGCAUUGAUUCCGUCAAAGUCUCCACAAAACCAGUCUGUGUGAAAAAACUUAAACCAGAGAAAGCUACCGUGGUGGCCUGUGGGAGAAUACACACUCUAGUAGCAACAGAGUCAGGGAGUCUGUAUACGUUUGGUGCUAACGGUGAUGGACAGCUGGGUGUGGAGGACAUUCCUAGCAGUAACUCUCCAAUCAAAGUGGACUGCGAGCCGCGACAAUACAAGGCGCUAGCUGCAGGGGCAGAUCACUCCGUGGCUCUCACAGAGGAUGGCGACCUGUAUGUCUGGGGAGGGGGGUGUGAGGGACAGCUUGGUUUGGGGGACACAGACGACUAUUCCAAACCUACGUUACUCAAGACUGACAACAAAGUGAUCAGUGUAGCCUGUGGUUACUACCAUACUGCCAUUGUCACAGACAAUGGUGAAGUUUUUACCUUUGGUGAGAGUGAUGGAGGGAAACUGGGACUAGGGGACGAAUCUGAGAAAGCACACACACCUCAGAAAGUGGACAUCCCAGAAAAAGCCAAGUCUGUAGCAUGUGGAGGGUCACAUACAGUAGUACUGACAGAGUGUGGCAAGGUUUACACCUUUGGAGAAGGCAGUAAUGGACAGUUAGGGAACGGGACCAGAAUGUUUGUGUCCCCAUCACCGAUCUGUCUCAAUAUCAAGUUCAAGGUCAUACAGAUAGCUGCCGGGGAAAACCACACUGCCUUAAUAACAGAGAAGGGACAGUUGUACACAUUUGGGGAUGGUCGCCAUGGAAAACUGGGCUUAAGUCAAGACAGCUACUCCAACCAAUACUACCCCAGUAAAUCUGAGAGAUUCAGCAAGUUCAUUGUCACUCAGGUGUCCUGUGGAGGAUGUCACAUGAUUGUGUCGGCACACAUGCGUCUGCAGAAUGGAGACAUAAACAGCGAGUCAGAAGAAGAAGAGGAUGAGAAUGAGAAUUUGAACAAAACCAACCUCAAUCACUCCAUCAAGGCUGACGGAUCAGUGGACCUGGGGGGAAGCUUUGGGGCCCGGGAUCGACGACGUCAGGAGUCCAUUAAACGGGCACCAUCAUUAAACCGAACUCUGCCAGCACUCACUAACAACGCAAAAAAUGUGGGCCCUCUGAGCGCGACCCACCCCCCAAAGCCAUCACCCCUGGCAAAACGACCUCUCCCACAGGCAGCUAAACCAGAGGUAAAGAAGGCAGAAUCUGAAGAGGAAUCAGAAGAAGAAUCUGAGGAAAGUGAAGAGGAGGAGGCAGACGCUGCAAAACUAAACCAUGAACAGAAGUCAGAGACUGAAAGUGAAAGUAAACCAGUUCCAAAGCCAAGGCCAUUACCACGGAAACAUGGAGAGGACGACGAAGAGGAGGAAACGAAGUCUGUAGACUCACAAAAAGAAAAGGAGGUCGAAAAAUCAGAAACCAAGUCCACUGAAGAGAAGAAAGAGGAAACUGAGGAAGUGAAAAAGGAGUCAGGGGAAAGUGAGGAGGAGAGUGAGGAAGAAGAGAAGAAGCCUGAGAUUAGCCAAUCAGAAACACCUGCAACUGAAACUAACCAAUCAGAAUCUUCAAAGCUAGUCGAUACCAACCAAUCAGCAAUAGAGACUAAAGAAUCUAAAAAAGAGGAAGAAGAAAGCGAGGAGGAGGAGGAGGAAGAACCUGUCAAAGAAACCACAAAGACUGCCUCCAGGGCUAUGCCUGAGCUUCCCGUUCCAAAACCCCGAGCAACCAAGACAACGGAGAGUGAAGAGGAGGAAGAAGAGGAGGAAGAGAAAGGAAAGAAGAAGGAAAAGGACAAGAAGAAAGACAAGAAAAAAGGCAAGAAAGAUUUAAAAGUUUUUGGUAAGGUGUCCACAGGACUGUCUGAUGAUGAGGAGGAGGAGGAAGAAGACAAGGAAGAAGAUGAAAAAGAAGAGGAACCUGAAGAAGAAGAAGAGGAAGUAGAGGAAGAGAAGGGAGACAAGAAAAAAGACAAAAAGAAAGACAAGAAAAAGGAUAAAAAGGACAAGAAAAAAGACAAGAAAGAUAAGGAUAAGAAGAAAGGGAAGAAGAAGAAAGGAGAGGAAGAUCAGGAGGAAGAAGAGGAGGAAAAAGAAGAAGAUGAAGAAGAGGAGGAGGAUCCUAAAGGGAAGAAGAAAGACAAAAAGAAAGACAAGAAGGACAAAGAUAAAAAGAAAGAUAAAAAGAAGGAUAAAAAAGACAAGAAGAAGAAAAAGAAAGGUGAAGAAGAGGAGGAGGAUGAUGAGAAGGAAGGAGACAAAGAAGAAAUAAAGGAGGAGGAAGGGAGGAAGAGUGGAGAGGAAGAAGAGAAAGAGGACGAGGAGAAAGAUGGAGAGAAAGAAGAAAAGAAUGAAGAAGAAAAGAAAGAGAAAGAAGCAGCCAAUAAACCCCCGGAAAAGAAGUCAAGAACUUGUACGAUAUUAUGACGAAAAAGUGUGCAGCCUUUUAGGAAAGCUUUG